AUCCUUCCCACACCAUAACACUAAAAAACCCUUCUGUUAUAGAUUUGAGUGAAUGGUCUGAAACAGCAGGGCUUUUGGAGAACCAGGCACAAGCGCUCCACAGGCGGAGAAAGAGAGGAGCGGAUCUUGAAGACACUGCUGAGACUUUCUGUGCAUGGACAUGACGCGUUACCGGACCCUUACCUUGUGUCUCAUCUGUUUAUUGGAAUGCGGCUUAAUUUCCGCCUUCAACCUGGACACGGAAAAUGUGAUCAGGAAAAAAGGGGAGAAGAACAGCUUGUUUGGGUUCUCCCUCGCUCUGCACAGACAACUCAAACCGACUGAUAAAAAAAUGUUGCUGGUUGGUGCUCCCAGAGCGAAGAAACUGCCCAAUCAGAAGUCACAGAUAACAGGAGGCUUGUACAACUGUGAUAUCAGCUCUACUGACACUGCCUGCCCGCGAGUUAUUUUCGACAAUGAUGAGAACCUGGACCAGGAAAGCAAAGAUAACCAGUGGAUGGGUGUCACAGUGCAGAGUCAAGGACCCGGGGGCAAGAUUGUGACUUGUGCUCAUCGCUACCAGAAGAGACUCAAUACCAACUUGCCACAGGAGUCCCGGGACAUUACGGGUCGAUGUUAUGUGCUCAGUCAGGAGCUGAAAAUCGAUGAGAGCACUGGUGACGAGGGAGGGGACUGGAGUUUCUGUGAGGGCCGAUCCAGGGGUCACGAGCGGUUCGGAUCCUGUCAGCAAGGCCUCUCAGUCACCUUCACCAGAGACUACCAUUACUUAGUGUUUGGAGCACCUGGAGCCUUCAACUGGAAAGGUGUUGUACGCUUGGAGCAGAAGAACAACACACUGAUCGAGAUGGGUAUAUAUGAUGACGGACCAUACGAGAUCAAAUAUACGACUCCUGAAGCGCUCGACGAAGUAGCCGUCCCUGCUAACAGCUACUUAGGUGUACUGUUCAUGACUAGUGUGUCCUACAGCGACUCUGAUCAGUUUGUAUAUAACUCUCAUCCUCCUCGAGACGACGCUACAAUGGAAAGCCACUUGACCACCAAUAGCUAUAUAGGUUUUUCUCUCGACACUGGUAAAAUGCUGACUAAGAAAGGUCAACUGACUGUGGUUGCCGGAGCCCCGAGAGCCAAUCACAGUGGAGCUGUGGUUCUGUUGAAGAAGGAAUCAGAUUCAGGUUCGAAAAUGAUCACUGAGUAUAUCAUUGAAGGAGAAGGCCUAGCCUCGUCGUUUGGCUAUGAAGUUGCAGUGGUGGAUUUAAACGGAGAUGGAUGGCAGGAUCUUGUAGUUGGAGCUCCUCAGUUCUUUGUGAAAGAUGGUGACAUCGGUGGCGCUGUUUACGUCUACAUCAAUCGGAAUGGUGACUGGGACAAGGCCACUAAAACUAGAAUAGACGGAGCCAAAAACUCCAUGUUUGGGCUGGCAAUUGAAAAUCUUGGAGACCUGAACCUGGAUGGAUUUAAUGAUGUAGCUAUUGGGGCUCCGUAUGAUGAUGAAGGCGCUGGAAAUGUCUACAUCUAUCAUGGCUCAAGCAAUGGCCUCAAAAAAGAGCCUUCUCAGGUUCUGAAAGGAUUAGACCUGAACAUUAAGAUGUUUGGUUACUCUUUAGCUGGUAACAUGGAUUUAGACAACAAUGAAUAUCCAGACUUGGCCAUUGGAUCGCUCUCUGACACUGUGGUCAUGUACAGAGCUAGGCCAGUUGUCAACAUAGAAAAGACAGUCACCACCACUCCCAAAGAGAUAGACCUCACCAAGAAAAACUGUGGAGACAGCAUCUGUCUUCAGGUGGAAAUCUGUUUCAAAUUCACCUCCAACGCCAAGAAGAACAGCCCUAACAUCAAAAUCAAGUACUUCAUUCAGGUGGAUGCUAAGAGGAAAAAGCUGGGACUUCCCUCUCGUGCUAUUUUCUCCCCGCCCAGCUCCACUGAUACUGACUUUGAGAGCACAGGAGAAAUGAUACUUGGAAAGGAGAAUGAGAAUAAGUGCAUCACUAAAAGCCUCAAACUUCAGGAUAACUUAAAGGAUAUGCUGAGAGCCAUACCCAUAGAGGUGAACGUGGAGAUCGUAAAGCCGUCUGGACGGAAGAAGAGACAGGCCUCCAUGGCACAGCUGAGUCCGGUCCUUGCUGCGAGUCAACCGUCUCUUACUGAGGUCAAUUUUGUGAAGGAGGGCUGUGGUGAUGACCUGAGGUGCCAGAGUAACUUGAAGCUGGAGUACAAUUUCUUCUCUCGAGAACGCAGCCAAGACAUCUUCGAACCACUGCCCCUUGAAAACGGCGUGCCAGUUAUUUCACUCAGCCACCAGCAGGAGAUUGCUCUGGGGGUCACGGUGACCAAUAAGAACGGAGAUGACGCAUAUGAAUCAGUUCUAACUGCAUCAUUCUCCAACUCCCUCUCUUACUCAGCAAUUCGCACCAAGACUCCUGGCAAGCAGAUUUUCUGUGCGGUCAAUCAGAAUGGGUCAAAAGCUGAAUGUGAAAUAGGAAAUCCUUUUAAAAAAGACUCAGAAUUUGUAUUUUACAUUAUUCUGAGCACUGGUGGGAUUGCGCUGGACACGAGUGAAGUAGAUGUUACACUUGAACUUAAAACGACAAGUGACCAGGCAGCACAGACAGUGACAAAGAAAGCUAAUGUUGUAAUGGAGAUGCUACUGACGCUCUCAGGGGUGGCUAAACCAUCUCAGCUGGAAUUCAGUGGGAAAGUUAAAGGAGAGAGCGCUAUGAUGACAGAAUCCGACAUUGGCAGCGAGAUUGACUACGAAUUCCGGGUAAUUAACUUGGGAAAGCCUCUGAAGUCCUUUGGUACAGCGUUUUUGAACAUUGAGUGGCCAAAGAACACAGCUACCAAAAAGUGGCUCUUGUAUCUAAUGAAGAUCACUACUACGGGUACGGACACUAUCAACUGCAGACCAGAUGAGGUCAACACACUGAAUUUUAAUCAGGAGCCAUCCAGGACUAAGCGUGAAGCUAAAGACGAAGGUGGAAGCAAAGAAAAAGAAGGUGUUUUAUCCUCCCUGUUUUCUGACAAGAGGAAAUCAAAAAUUUUGACCUGCGAAGACGGCGCAUCGUGCGUUACGCUAAAGUGUCCUCUUCAGGGAUUGGACAGCAACGCAGUGAUUGCACUGAAAGCUCGAAUGUGGAAUAGCACCUUUAUAGAGGACUUCAGUGACAUGAAUUAUGUCGAUAUAAUAGUGAAAGCAUCACUCAAUCUGGAUUCUGCUCCCAAAAAUUUGUUGCUAAAAAAUAAAGAGACACAGGUACGAGUGACUGUAUUCCCAGUACGUAAGGCAGCACAAUACGGAGGUUUACCCUGGUGGAUCAUCCUGGUGGCUAUAUUACUGGGCCUGCUCCUGCUGGGUUUAUUGGUUUUCCUGCUCUGGAAGUGUGGAUUUUUCAAACGUUCCAAAUACAGCGACAGCGUGCCAAGUUACAACGCUGUGAGGAUUAAGAAGGAAGAGCGCAGGACAGAGAAGCCGACCUCUGUGGAAAAGAAACAGUGGAUGACUUCUUGGAACGAGAACGAGAGCUACUCCUAGCCUUAUGCUAAAUCAGCUGCUAAUGCACAUUAAUAUCCUGCUUUUAAAACAAACACACAAACAAAACACAAACCAAAGACACUUUCUUUAAGAUGUCAAGACAUCUUUGCACACCCCAAACUUCUGAUUGUAAAUAUGACAAUGACAAAAUGAAAUGUAAAAACCUGUUUUAUGUUCAGAGACUACUUAAAAAAAAAAAAAAAAAAAGAUACAUUUAUAAAUGAGAUGAAAACAAUUUGAGAGAUGGAUAUUUUUGGGCUUCACUAUGCUUCAAUGAUCCUCACUGUUAUAUAUAUAUAGGCACGUGUCAAUAGUCCUUUUCUUUCUUUUUAUUUCAUUUUUCUCAUAUUUCCCUUCUUCCCCUUCUUUUUCCUUUUCCCCACCCCAGAACCAGACUAUUGUUCCCCAGCUUUUACAUAUAGGCAUGAGCCAAUAGUCUGUUAUAGGAUAUAUUACACAAUAUUCACAAGGAAAAAACACAAACAACACAAGGAAAUUUCACAGACAUCAGUUGUGGGUUACAUUCGAACAGGAUAAUCAUAUACAACUCCUUGUUCCUCUGGGGGUUGAAUAUAUGAUGACGUUCCUCAACAUGCACAGAAUCCACAGAUGCGAUUAGCAAUUAAUGCUACAUGCAAUUGCAGUGUUAUUUUAAUCAUGUUAUGGCUUUUUUUUUAUUUGUGUGUGUAAUUUACAAACACAUCUGAGGGAAAUGUUGAUAUGUUUGAUAAAAUUAUCUAAUUUACACUGUCAUUCUGCCUUUACAUUGUGCUGUAUAGAGGAUGUGUGGGCUACAUGCUAGCUUGGUAAACUUUAGCCUCAUUUUCAGAAAGUGCCUGCAGUCUGUCACUGGUGGUUGUUCAUAAUGGAAACAAACUUUCAGUAUGAACAACUGCAAAUUUACAACACAACCACUGUAUAUUAGUUUUCUAUUAAAAAUCCAUAAUUUUUAAUAGGCACAUGUCUAGUUGUGUAUAUAUAUUAAUUGUGUUCAGAGAAUUGGUGAUUAUUCUUUAGUUCUCAAAAGAAAGCCAAAGGUUUUUCUGCUUUUCUGGCUAGAUGUGUAGCUCCUACAACCUUCAGGAUUUCUAUUUUACACAAAUGUUUUCCGUCAUACUCAGAUUUAGAUGAAUGUAAAUAUUUGUUUUUCCCCCUUUAACCGUUAUUUACUUCUUAAUUCUUGUUUAUAUAUAUAUAUAUAUAUAUAUAUAUAUAUAUAUAUAUAUAUAUAUAUAUAUAUAUAUAUAUAUAUAUUUUUUUUAUUGUUAUUAUUAUUAUGGCUUGUGAAGAUUGGUACUGAUUUCAGUUUCACAUUGGCGUACUGAUGGAUAUCCGUUUACUUCACUCAAAUUCACAAAUCAUCAUUUCAGGUCAUUUGACCACACAAGGGCUGAAAUACAUUCAUGCAAUCUGCCACCCAUUUCAUAUAAAAAGUAUUAUGCAUGUCCAUAGGUUGACUUGAUGGUAAUGGAAAAGUCAGACAUAUUGUUUCCGGUUACAAAAUAUGUACCAACAGGUUAAUAUUGUUCAAAUAUUCUCGGUUUUGAAAAGCACAAUUCACAUGUAAAAAAAAAAAGCUUGAUUCUGGUGCAAACAUACUGUCUAAUAAAACAAAAUAAAGAGUUUUUUUUAAAACAUC